AUGCGCUCCUUACUCUUCACGACGUUCCUAGGCCUCUUUUCGACUGUAACAAACGCCAGAUCCGACCCCAUAGCCAUCGCCGACGCCUACUUUGAAAGGCAGGUUCCAAUCGCCACCGAGAAUUUGCUGGCGAAUAUUGGACCCGACGGUGCGAGGUCUUCAGGCGCUUUGCCGGGAGUCGUAAUCGCAAGCCCCAGCACUGAAGAUCCGGACUAUCUCUACACAUGGACGAGGGACGCUUCGUUGGUUAUGAAGAACGUCAUCGACAGAUAUCUUCGGGACGAGGACGACUCCCUCCAAUCGAUAGUUGAGGACUUCAUUCCAGCCCAAGCGUACCUUCAGCAACUAGACAACCCCAGUGGAAACGUCACGACCGGAGGAUUGGGGGAACCGAAAUUUAACAUCGAUUUGACGCCAUUCACUGGUAGCUGGGGAAGGCCUCAGAGGGACGGCCCUCCUCUUCGCGCUAUCGCGAUUAUACGCUACGCAAAUCACCUACUUGACACCGGGAAGCCAUUCGUAGUUCUGGAAUUCGUAUGGCCUGUCAUUAAGCUGGACCUCGACUAUACUGCAAAGUAUUGGAACACGACAGGUUUCGACCUCUGGGAAGAAGUAUCUUCAAGUUCAUUCUUCACGUCUGCCAUCCAGCAUCGCGCCCUCAUGGAAGGUGCCGCUUUCGCAAGUCGGAUCGGACAGCCCGACCUAGCGCGAUCCUACUUCAAACAGGCCGACAACAUUCUCUGUUUCCUCCAGGCAUGUGUAUCGUAUUGGAAUCCUUCUGAAGGCUUCAUCACCUCGAAUACGGGAGGUGGCCGAACCGGAAUCGAUGCCAACUCUAUCUUAGGAUCGAUUCAUACUUUCGACCCGGCCGCUGGAUGCGACCCGGUCACCUUCCAGCCAUGCUCCGACAAGGCGUUAUCCAACCUCAAGGUUUACGUCGACGCCUUCCGGUCGAUCUACCCUAUCAACUAUGGCACUCCCACCAAUCAGGCCGUGGCAACUGGCCGCUAUGCUGAAGACGUCUACUACGGUGGUCAUCCGUGGUACUUGACUACUGCAGCCGCCGCUCAGCAACUGUACGAUGCCCUGAUGGUUUGGGAUAUGCAAGGCUACCUCAAAGUCUCAUCAAUAUCUCUGGCCUUCUUCCGGCAGUUCGACGAUUCCGUUCAACCAGGAACCUACUCAAACUCUUCAGAGACGUACAGGAUCCUUAAGAACGCCGUCAGAUGGUUCGCCGAUGAAUUCAUUGAAGUCAUCGCCAGGUACACCCCAGAAGACGGAAGUUUGGCCGAGCAGUUUCAUCGGGAGACUGGCGAGCCUCUUAGCGCCAAACACUUGACAUGGAGCUAUGCGUCCAUCCUAACUGCUGACGCUGCUCGGUCGGGUGUCAUCCCUCGGAGCUGGGGAGCUAGUGGCUUGGAGGUUCCUUCGAAAUGCGAAAGUAACGCUGUCCCGAUGUCGAGCGUCACGUUCAGCGUGAAGGCACAGACCUCAUGGGGAGAAAACAUCUUCCUGACCGGUUCUAUCGACGCUCUGAAGAACUGGUCCCCAGACAACGCCCUGGCACUUUCUUCAUCGGACUAUCCCAUCUGGAAGGUCACCGUCGAGAUACCUGUUGACACGAGAUUCGAGUACAAGUACAUUCGCAAGUUAGGGGAUGGGAGCGUGAUUUGGGAGUCGGAUCCCAAUCGGUCGAACUCGAGCCCUGGGUCUGGGUCCAAGACGAUUGAUGAUUCGUGGAGGUAGAAAUGGGACUCCAUGGCUGUAUUCUGUCCUCUCUCAUUUAAACGCGUGACGUCAUCUUUCUUGCCGGGGAAGGCGGCGAAAGCCGAUUGCUUCAAACUCAGCAUCAGUGCGGCAAUUUAGCCGACGAUUCAAUCAAUAUUCAGUCUCGAC